UAAUCCUCACUGAAAAGUUACGCUAGAUAGCUAGAAAAACAAGAGCUGCCCAUUCUAGUUUCAAUGUAAGAUCAAUAUUUCUCACAUAUUCUGUAAUUUUUCCUUAGGUUAACAUUAGUAGUGGGAUUAUUUGUCCACGUCCACCAGCUCGUGUGUAAACAAAUCAAUUUGAGCUAACGUUAGCUAGCUUGCUUACGAAGUUACCCAUUAAAACGGCUAGCCAAGCUAACUGGCUUUCUGUCAUACCGACAAACCUUCCAUGUCGGAACCCAAGUCCCCGGGUUCUUACUGUGGUGUUCCAGCACAGAGAAGCUCACAGUGGGGUCCAGAGAUGGUCUUAGUGAAGCAGGAGGACUGCAGUCAACCACUGGAACUCAAUGUGAUAGUCAAAGAGGAGGAGAGGGAAGUCAAGGAAGAGGUAGAGAUUAAAGAGGCGGAGGACAUGGCCCUCAAAGAGGAGGCGGAGGACAUGGCCCUCAAAGAGGCGGCGGAGGACAUGGCCCUCAAAGAGGAGGCGGAGGACAUGGCCCUCAAAGAGGAGGCGGAGGACAUGGCCCUCAAAGAGGAGGCGGAGGACAUGGCCCUCAAAGAGGAGGCGGAGGACAUGGCCCUCAAAGAGGAGGCGGAGGACAUGGCCCUCAAAGAGGAGGCGGAGGACAUGGCCCUCAAAGAGGAGGCGGAGGACAUGGCCCUCAAAGAGGAGGCGGAGGACAUGGCCCUCAAAGAGGAGGCGGAGGACAUGGCCCUCAAAGAGGAGGCGGAGGACAUGGCCCUCAAAGGGGAGGCGGAGGACAUGGCCCUCAAAGGGGAGGCGGAGGACAUGGCCCUCAAAGGGGAGGCGGAGGACAUGGCCCUCAAAGGGGAGGCGGAGGACAUGGCCCUCAAAGGGGAGGCGGAGGACAUGGCCCUCAAAGGGGAGGCGGAGGACAUGGCCCUCAAAGGGGAGGCGGAGGACAUGGCCCUCAAAGGGGAGGCGGAGGACAUGGCCCUCAAAGGGGAGGCGGAGGACAUGGCCCUCAAAGGGGAGGCGGAGGACAUGGCCCUCAAAGGGGAGGCGGAGGACAUGGCCCUCAAAGGGGAGGCGGAGGACAUGGCCCUCAAAGAGGAGGCGGAGGACAUGGCCCUCAAAGAGGAGGCGGAGGACAUGGCCCUCAAAGAGGAGGCGGAGGACAUGGCCCUCAAAGAGGAGGCGGAGGACAUGGCCCUCAAAGAGGAGGCGGAGGACAUGGCCCUCAAAGAGGAGGCGGAGGACAUGGCCCUCAAAGAGGAGGCGGAGGACAUGGCCCUCAAAGAGGAGGCGGAGGACAUGGCCCUCAAAGAGGAGGAGGAGGACAUGGCCCUCAAAGAAGAGGAGGCGGAGGAGAGGGUGGUCACAGAAGUGGAGAACAGGGAAGAAGUAGAUGGUAACACUGACCCAGGAGAGAUCUCCAACCCAGUUUCAGACAGUGAGCACAGUUCCACAGCAUCAGGAAACAAUAAACAACACAGACGGAAGAACUCAAGACAGAAACAUCACCACUGCAUGGACUGCUUCACUAGUUUCUAUGAGCCAGAGGAGUUGAGAAGGCACACUUGUAGGCCCCACCCCUGCUCAGAUUGCAGAGGCAGCUUUAUUUGUCCAAUUCACCUCAAAUCAAAACAGACUCAAAAAACGAUUAUGACAUACCCGUGUGGUCAAUGUGAGAAGAUAUGUGAAACACCAAGCAAACUCAAGACGCACCAGAUAACUCACACAGGAGAGAAGCCAUACCACUGCACCGUUUGUGGAAAGGGUUGCAGUCAUUCGGAUCAACUAAAGACACACCAGAGAACUCACACAGGAGAGAAGCCUUACCAUUGCUCCCAAUGUGGAAAGAGUUUCAGUCAGUUAUCUACUCUGAGAAAACACCACCUAACUCACACAGGAGAGAAGCCUUACCUCUGCUCUCAUUGUGGGAAGAGUUUCCGUCAGUUAGCCAACCUAAAUGCACACCAGUUAAUUCACACAGGAGAGAAGCCAUACCACUGCUCUCAGUGUGGGAAGGAUUUCAGGCAUCCAAGAGACUUAAAGUCACACCAGAGAACUCACACAGGAGAGAAGCCUUACCACUGCUCCCAAUGUGGAAAGAGUUUCAGUCAGUUGUCAACUCUGAAAAAACACCAGCUAACUCACACAGGAGAGAAGCCUUACCUCUGCUCUCAAUGUGGGAAGAGUUUCAGCAGGUUAUGUGAAAUGAAGGCACACCAGAUAGCUCACACAGGAGAGAAGCCUUACCACUGCUCUCAAUGUGGGGAUAGUUUCACCAGUUUAUAUUUCCAAAAGAAACACCAGCUGAUUCACACAGGGAAAAAGUCAUUUCACUGCUCCCAGUGUGGGAACAGUUUCAGUCAAUCAUCAACUCUGAAGACGCACCAGAUAACUCACACAGGAGAGAAGGCCUUCCACUGCCGUCAGUGUGGCAAGAGUUUCAGUCAUUUAUCAACUCUGAAGACUCAUCAGAUAACUCACACAGGAGAUAAGCCUCACGUCUGCUCUCAGUGUGGGAAGAGUUUCAGUCUGGUAGGAAACCUUAAGCGACACCAGCUAUCCCACACAGUAGAGAAGCCUUAGUGUUGCUCUCAUUGUGGGAAGAGUUUCAGUCAAUCAUCAGCUUUAAAGAAACACCAGAGAACUCACACAGGAUAAAAGCUGGGUCAUUAAAUCUGAAGACACCAAUUUGCUCACAUAGGGGAUAAGCCUUAACUCUACUAUUAAUGUGGUGGUAGUUUCACCAGUUUAUAUUUCCCCCCAAAAACACCAGCUGUGGAAAGGUUCUGUAAUGAAUGAAAUGUUCUGUGUGCAUCUUAUCUUUGGUGUCCUAAACUCGUAAUUGUGCAUCUACGUUUGACUGUGACCUCUCCAGCUUGCUGACAAUAAAGGGUGAUUCAUUUUAAUAUUGA